UAUGGAUAUGUGGGAGAGGCUCAUCCGAUAAGUCCUUACUCAGCACUGAUUCGACUGACGAACACACUCUUUGAAGGCAUGAGUAACAGAAAACCUGUCUGCAGUGAAAUUAAUGAUUCGUUUGAUUCAUCCUGCAGGCCUGUACCUGACUAACCAGUGUAACUUUUUUUAAUUAGGCAAAGUAGAAUAAAAACCAUGCUCGCUUAUUUUGCUGCGCUCACAUUUUCCUCAGAAAACCUAUUUUGAAUGCUAUUUUCUUCACAUGGCUUGAUCUUAGGCUGAAAUUUUGGUCGCUUGAAUGUAAACAUUUCAAGCACGUCACUCACGGCCUCACGCGAACAUGCAGCAGUUCGUUUUCUCGCAACAUGUUCGUUUGCUCCCUCAGGGAUCAACAAUUUCAGGUAUCCUCGUACCCCAAUCCGCACAUGUCUCAGCCUGCCUCCGUGUUUAAGUCCUUGCAAACAUCCAGCUCAAACUGAGUGGGAACCCGACCCGUGUUUCUUGUUUUCAACGAUUGGAGAGCUCAAAUUGCUGUGAUCUGUCAGCGUGCUGCUUUGGCACAACAACACCAAUGAGUCACCGUUGAAUUCCUGAUGUUAAAUAACGUACUGCGAAGACUGUUUAGGUGAAGCAGCUUUGAGUCGAGGUGUUUACUGAGGGAUGAGUUUAAGUGGGGGGUUUAGUUUUCUAUUGUCUGUGUUUACGCUUCAGUCCAGUUCAUGCAGGAACAGGCCUUGAGCUAUAGAUGGGACGACGGACAGGUUUCAUUUCCAGCACUAUAGCAUCCUGAAUCAUGGACUACCACCUCCAGCCACGAAAACACUCAAGCGAUAAACAUAUAUGUUGGAUACGGACGCCUACAUAGAUGCAGUCAACUAUGGAAAACAUGAUUUGAAAGCGUUUUUCUUCUUUUUUUUUUCUGAAGUAUCAAUUUUGUCAUUUUUUGAGCCAUGUAUUCUCCUCUGUUCUUCAUCGUCCUCCAUGGCAUCUUCCUGGUGUGUGCCUCCAAUGCAUGGAGCAGUCUGAAAAGUAUCCCACGAAAAACCAUUCAGUAUGAGGAUAACAAUGUGAUCACGUUUAAAGGGGAAGGUGUUUGGAAUUACUCUACAAUGCUGAUUAGGGAGGAUCUGGGCUUGCUGGUAGUGGGGGCGAGAGAGGCUGUCUAUGCCCUUGACAUAAAAGAUAUCAGCGUUGCCAAGUCUGAGGUGCUUUGGAAAGUUACAGAGGAGAAACAAAAGGAAUGCACCUCUAAAGGAAAACAUCCUGACAUCGACUGUCGAAACUAUGUGCGGAUGCUGCAUCAGAUGAACGACAGCGUGAUGUACAUGUGUGGGACAAAUGCUUUUAGCCCCACCUGCGAUUACAUGAUGUUUGGUGACGGGCAGCUGAAACUAGAGGGAAAGCAGGAAGACGGGAGGGGGAAAUGUCCUUUCGAUCCAUUCCAGAGAUCCUCUUCCGUCAUGGCUGAUCAAGACCUGUAUUCUGCCUCGUCCUUAAACUUCCUGGGUUCGGAGCCGGUCAUUCUCCGCACCUCUCCCAUUUCACUGCGGACAGUGUUUAAGAGCUCUUGGCUCAAUGAGCCAAACUUCGUCUACAUGGACAUGGUCCCUGAAAGCGAGGACAGUCCUGAGGGUGAUGAUGACAAAGUCUACAUGUUCUUCAGUGAGAACGCCGUGGAGUACGACUUUUACAACAAGCUCGUGGUGUCGCGUGUUGCCAGAGUCUGCAAGGGUGACAUGGGUGGUCAAAGGACCCUCCAGAGGAAAUGGACCUCUUUCUUGAAAGCUCGUCUGGACUGCUCUGGCCCUGAACCCAGCCUGCCUUACAUCAUACAGGACGUCUUUCAAGUCCGCCACAAGAAAUGGAGGAAAAGUGUCUUUUAUGCCGUUUUCACCUCUCAGUCGAGCUCAACAGAUCGGUCUUCGGCGGUGUGUGCAUAUGAUGUGACUGAUAUCAGCGAGGUGUUCUCACGUAGCAAAUUUAAGACUGAGGUGACUGUGGAAAUGUCUGAUGUGAAGUGGGUCACGUACAACGGAGAGCUUCCUGUCCCUCGACCAGGAGCUUGUAUCAACAAUGCAGCGAGGAGCGCAGGAAUAAUGCGGUCACUGGACCUCCCCGAUAAAACCCUUCAGUUCAUCCGAGACCGGCCCCUCAUGGACGAUGCCGUCCGACCAAUCACAGGCAAGCCCCUGCUGCUCAAGAGAGGCCCGCUGUUGACCCGCCUCGUUGUAGACCACGUUACUGUAUCGGACGGACAGUCCUAUCCUGUGAUGUUUGUUGGUACAGAGAACGGUUAUGUGCAGAAAGCAGUGAACUAUGACGGAGAAAUGCACAUUAUUGAAGAAGUAAAACUGUUUCAGAAUGCUGAGUCCAUUGACGUCUUAAGACUUCACCAGAAUCAGUUGUAUGCAGGCUCUGCGUCUGGGGUUGUCCAGAUGCCCGUCAGCAACUGCAGUCGUUAUUCAUCCUGUCUGGACUGUGUGCUGGCCAGAGACCCUUACUGUGCCUGGGACGUCCCAUCCCAACGGUGCUCUAGACUACCCACAUCACCUGAGGACGGAAAAAGCAAUCUGAUACAAAGUCUAAAGGACGGGGAUGCCACUCGAUGCCCAACAACAGCUCCCAUGGAACCAAAGAUCCUCAGCCUAGUGCUGGGAAACAACAUAAGAUUGCCGUGUUAUCCAGAAUCUAACUUGGCCCAGGUCAGUUGGAACUUUCCUGGAGAGCCACUUCCCUACUCAAACAAGAGGUAUAUUAUUUAUAAUGAUGGCAUCCUUCUCUACAAUGCCUCUGUCGCUGAUGCUGGACGCUACACCUGCACGUCAGUGGAGCAGGUGAAAGGGAGAGACUACACCCAAACGUUGGCCAUUUAUGACUUGCGUGAACAAUCAGCAGUAGUUGUGACGGAUAAGAUCAAGACCACACUGGGAAUCCUUCCUGAAAUCCACACGACAUCGUCAGGUUUGCAUAAAUCCGAAGAGCCUCCUUGGUAUUCAAAAACACAGAGCAGUGAGAGUAAAUGGAUAGUAAUGCAAGUGGCGUUGGCUGUGCUGUCAGUUAUGAUGGCGUGUCUGCUGAUCUGGAACCUGUACAUGGGCCACAUCUCUCCGUUUAUGUGCUGUGGGAGGAGGCAACUAAUCAAAAGCCCCAGGAGUCUUCCUGAAAGGGAAUACAUGCACACAGGAAAUGAUGCUGUGGACAGUAAACAGCACAUGGUCAGUUUGUGUAUCACGACGAACAGUGGUCUAGAAGCCACAAGCUUCCACAGGAAUGCCAACAAAGGGGAUACGCCAACGGACGGUUGUGUUUUGAAAUACAUUACAGAGGAGUCUGAGAUCUAAGAUGUAAAAAAAAAAAAAAAUGUACAUGUACAUUAUAUUUUGUAUAAUUUUUAUACUUAUUUAUUUUUAUUCAUAAUAAAAAAUCAAUGUUUUUGCAUAA